AUUAUUACAUCCUAUCAUUAAUAAUAGAAAUAGCUGGUCUAUUAUUUUUUAAUCGUAAAUAAUAAAUUUUGUUCAGUUAUCCAACACCAAAAUGUUAGCAAUUCGCACCUUGCUAAACAAAACGUGUUUGAUGGAAAUGGAAGUCGCCAUUACAUAUUGUAUUGUGGUUGUGCUAUAAAUGAAGGAGAUUGGUUGUGUCAAAUAAAUCGCGCGCGAUUAAAAUUUGUAAACAAAACUUCUUGGGAAUAUUGAAUUUAUUUACAAGAGAUUGCAAUAUGGCUCCUCCUCGGCGUAUUGUAAGGCAGCAACUAGAGAUACUAAUGGACUUUCUUGAAGAAAAUAAAGAUAUGUCCAAAGGCUUGCCACCAGGCACACCAGUGUGCCAUCAGGCUACUAGGCAGAAAUGGGCAACUUUAGCGAAACAACUCAAUGCUGUGCAAGAAGGUGCUUUGAAGACUCCCGAGGGAUGGAAAAAGUAUUGGUUUGAAUGGCGUCAUAAAUGCAGAAGAAAAGCAGCUGAUGUUCGAAGAUUUCAAUCUGCUCCAGGUGGGGGUUCUAAUCGGUUUGUGCCUCUCAAUGACUUAGAAGUGAGAGUACUUGAGCUUAGUGGUAAAGGCUCGGUGGCAGCUUCUAUACCAUCUUCCAAACAAUUAGACAAUUUCUUAGCUGAAGACUCUGAUUCUGAACCACUAGAAAAUGUAAAAGCACGAUCUACUUUGACUAAUAUCAAAGUAAGAAGAUCAACCAGUGAUACCAAGACUGACAAAGAUGACGAUCUUCGACCCACAACACCACCACCCAAAUGGGCUCUAGACUUAGAGGAGAGAAGGAUAGCAGCCGAGGAACGUAUGGCGGAAGCAUUAAAAUCAAUGGCAUCUGUAAUGAGAGCACAAGAAGAAAGACGAGCGAUUUUGGAAGAUCGAAUAGCAGAUGCUCUGAGUGCUAUAGCUGGCACUGUGCAAGAUCUAAAUAGUGGUAUACAGGAUGCUGUACAGCACUUGCAACAAGUGUAUCCAAUGCAAACCAAUGGGCCCAAUAUAAAGGAAGAUGUUUUCUUAUAAGUUGUGAUGUGGUUAUUAUUAGAAACUGACACUUUUAUAAGCGUUUUUGAAAUAUUUUAUUAAGUAAUUAUAUUGAUAACGUGUUCGUGUUUGAAAUAAUGAAACUCAAUAGUCACAAUACAAAUAGUGAAUUAUGUAAAGAAGUAAAUUUUCAGAUGAACUUAAUAGAUACGACGCAAACAACUUAUUAUUCCAUCUGGAAUUAGAGAGGAAAUAAUUAUAUUUUUACUCAUAAAAAUUAACUACCUAUACUAUUUUAUUGUUUAUUUGUUGCCUCUUGCCGCCUUAACGGCUCAACUAGUCAUUACGGAAAUGGCCCUGCAUGAUGUGUAUCACUUAUCUACUUUUUUUAUCUAAGUCACGCGAACCGAGUCGCAUUUAUAACUAGUACAGUAAAAGUGAAUUAAAUAAUCAGAAAUUCUCAUACUACUUCUAUUACAAAGUGGUUUAAUCUUGUUUUAAAUAAUACGAGUAUCAAUUUAUAAAAUUGGUAGAAAAUAAUAGUCAUAUUGUGUAUAAUUUAUUAUGAUAUUAUACUCAUCGAUUUCUUUUAAAAAUUAUUUAUAAUCACAAUUAAUCGUAAUUAGAAUCAUAAAAUACAAUGUGAUUUUUCAUAUUGAAAUUUUGUAUAAACUACGAGCAUU